CAAGGCGGAGAUCAUCAAGAUGAUGGAGCGCCGAGCCUCUGACUUCCGCCUGGAUCCGGGCCUGCGCAAGUACUGCCACCGCGACAUUGUGGAGACGUGCUACCCGGACGCGGACGACAUCAGUGACGUGGCGUCGUGGGACAGCCGUGUGAUCGAGUGUCUGCAGGACUACCGCCGCGAGCUCAAGGACCCGCGGUGCCGCCAGCAGGUGCACCUGCUCACUCAGAGGGCCGCGGAGGACACGCGCUUUGACCACCCGCUGCAGCAGGCGUGCCAUGAGGACCGCGAGACGCUGUGUGCAUCGGUGGCGGACGGGCAUGCGCGCGUGUUCAUGUGCCUGCAGGAGAACCGCCAGAAGCUCAAACCUGUCUGCCGCACCGCACUUUUUGAGCAGGAGAUCCGGUACGCGGAGGACAUUGACUUCAAGUUCCCCAUGCGGGAAGCGUGCCAGGACGAGAUGCAGCGCCUCUGCAAGGACGAAAAGGGCGGUGGUGACACAAUAGCGUGCCUGCAGCAGCACGUGGGGGAUGAGGACAUGGGCGAGAGGUGCAAAGAGGAGGUCAAGAAGGAUGAAGAGAGGAGUGCUCAAGACUUCCGGCUGAACUACAAGCUCAACCGCGCAUGCUUCAGCGACGUGCAGCAUCUCUGCAUGCACUCCUGCGAGCCCAAAAACGACUCCUUCGUCUCCGGCCCCACGGGCGACCUGUGCGGGGGGCGUGUGCUGCAGUGCCUGGCGGGCAACGCGUCGAGCAUUGCGAGCGCGGAGUGCCGUGAGGAGGUGCUGUACUUCCAGCAGCGCGAGGUGGGCGACGUGCUGCUGGACGUGCCGCUGCAGCGCGCGUGUGAGGCGGACAUCGGCGCGCUGUGUGGGCUGCAGCGCGACCACAGCAAGGUGCUGUCGUGCCUGCGCCAGCACCGGGAGCAGCUCAAGCCUGAGUGCCGCGAGGAGGAGCUGCGGUUCAGCGCCAUGGAGGCAUCUGACAUCCGCCUGACCCCCUCCCUCAUGAACGCGUGUGGGCUCGAGCUGCACGUGUUCUGCCGCGGCGUGCCGCCCAGUGAGGGCAAGGCGUUCCGGUGCCUGCAGACGAACCUGGCGAGGGAGGGCAUGGGCGUGGCGUGCCGCUCCGAGGUGGAGCUGGCCACGGUGCGCGAGUCGCAGUUCUACGAGGGCGACGUGGCGCUGGCGCUGCAGUGCCACACGGACAUCGCCACCUCCUGCAGCGACGCGGCAAACAGCGAGGCGGACGGCGACGGGGAGGUGAUCGCAUGCCUGGCGCAGCACUAUGACGGGCUCACUGGGAAGUGCCAGACCGAGGUGUCAUUCCUAGUGCGCAUGGCGCUGUGGGUGUACCAGCCUGCCAACCCCCUCACGCUGCCCUGUGCUGAUGACAUCACGGCCCUCUGCCCCAACGCCACCUCCUCCUCCACCUCCUCUUUGGCGGCCAAGGGCAUCGUGCUGGCGGCGGUGGGGCAGUGCCUGGUGGACCAGCCCCUUGCCAAGCUGGGCAACGGCUCGUGCCGGCAGCUGGUGGCUGUGGUGGGCGUGGCGGGCGCGCAUGUGGGCGGGGUGGUGGAUGAGGCGCGGCUCGAAUCCACGCUCGCACAGAUCGCAGAGCUGGGGGCAAUGGAGCAGCAGCAACGGGAGGAGGAGGGCAUGGAGCUGACGGGGUGGGUGGCGCUGCUGGCAAUGUUCGCUCUUGCGGUGCUGCUGAUAGGUGCGGGUGUGUACGCGUACCACCGCUUCUUCAGCCCCACGCGGGACUACACGCUCGUUGUGAGGGAGGGGGACGUCAAGGAGGGGGACGUGUGAGGGGGGCUCCGGUGCCGUGGGUGCGGCUUGCUGAAGAGGUGCUGCGGCUUGAGACAUGGUGCUGCUGGUUGCAGGUACCGGCUGUGGUGCGCUCUACAAGCUCCCUACGAAAGCCGGGUGUAGACAUGUGGAAGCUACCAUAGUACAUAGGGUGUUGCCUGAUUGCAACUCCUGGGGAAGUUUAAGCCGGUGCAUGCUUACGGGAAGAAUUUUACGUGCAUUGAAACUUCCACCUGCAAAGAUGGUGCUAUUGCCAUAAUCUUGCUGUCCAUAUUGUUACAACACA